GAACUCCAUUUCCCAAAUGCCCUUAAAGAAAAUACAGGAAUGUCUACUUAAUAUGUCCUAAUGCAUGUGACCAAAUGGUUGAUACUGGUAUUACAGUUGAGGCACCAUCAGAGUCAGAUGCCAGCAACUAGAUGGCAAUUGUCAUUUAUUGCUGUGACUCUAAUAGUGGUUGCAGCAAUAAGACACGUCCUGCAUUGGAAAUCUAAGCAAAAGAAAAGGAAAAAUCAAAAUUUGGAAUCCAAUUUGGCAUCCAGCCUGAGUAAAACAUCCCAUUUAGGCUAUGUCUGUGCCCAGAACACAGAUGUGCUGAGAGGAGACAGAUACAUAGGUAAUACAACUGCUAUUGGCAGAGACAACAAGGGAUACCAGAGUUCUACAGAAAGAAGAUAUGAAAGUGGCUCCAAAGACCACAAGAACAUCAGACAUCAACCAGCCUAUAAGAUAGGACAACAGAUAGAAAUAUACCUCCACCAGAUUAUUGAACAACAUUAUCACAGACUUAUAUGUGGUUUUAAAAAGGAAUUGUUUUAUUGCCAUUUUUUUAUUACAGACUAUAAUAACAGAAUUUAUUUUAAACAUCAAAAUAGAAGUGCAACACACCCUAGACAUUCCAGUAAUUUCUUAGACAGAGAAUUACUGUAGCUGACUGGUAAUGGAUACUUUCUAGGAUAAAAUACAUGCAAGAUCUUACUGAAACACACUUUGUGUUACAAUAAGGCGAACCGGGUGCUAAAACAACAUGGUGGGUUCAACACAUCCUACCAGCCUUUACCAAAGGGGGGGGGGGAAUAAAGUGCAUAAAGUGACAUUUAACAAUGUAUAUCUUGGUAAUUUAGAAGCGACCAAUGAUGCUGUUUUUAUUAAAGUGUCGGUCUUGUAUAAUUUCAUUUUGCCAAG